CGCCUUCACUUCCGGCGGCUCUUCCGGGUGCGAUGGACCCCGAGUUCGACGAUGUGGUGGCGGUGGAGGAUCUGAUGGCGCUGGAGCGGCGCUACGCGGCCGAGCGCCAGCAGGGGGCGCUGUCCCGGCAGUGCCGCUUCGAGUACGGCUGGGGCCUGGUGCGGAGCCGGUACCGGGAGGACACGGCCCGCGGGGUGGCGCUGCUCUCCGAGCUGCUGCCCGAGACCCCCCCGGAGGAGCAGCGGGACGUCCUGUUCUACCUGGCCCUGGGCUACUACCGCCUCAAGGAGUACGAGCGCGCCCUGGAGCACCUGGAGCAGGGAUGGGGGCUCAGGGGGUGUGUCCCUGGUCACACAGGUGACCCAGGUGACACCCAGGUGACGGUCCCCUGUCCCGCAGGAGUACGAGCGCGCCCUGGAGCACCUGGAGGGGGGAUGGGGAGGGGUCACACAGGUGACACACAGGUGACACACAGGUGGCCCAGGUGACACACAGGUGACACACAGGUGACCCAGGUGACACCCAGGUGACGGUCCCCUGUCCCGCAGGAGUACGAGCGCGCCCUGGAGCACCUGGAGGGGGGAUGGGGGCUCAGGGGGUGUGUCCCUGGUCACACAGGUGACACCCAGGUGACACCCAG